AUGGCAAUUAAGUUAUUUGCCCUCUUGGCCAUCGGCAUGGCUAUGCUGGUCGCUGUCAGUGAUGCUCGCCAUGUGCCCGGCCAUCGGGUCCAUCGCUAUCAUCCGAACCAGCAAUCGCAGCGUGCCCUAAUCGCAAAGCCCCAUGCAGCACAGACCCGUGUGUUCCCCGGAGCGGUAGCCAUUAAGAAGUUGGUACUGCUGAAAUUCAAAAAGAUCGUUCCAAUCUCUUUGAUCCUGCUGAAGUCCAGCAACGACAAUGAGGCCGAACUGGUGCCUGUGUAUCCCACCGAUCAGAUUCCCGAGAAUGUUCAAUUCAUUCCCACGCCCAAUGGCAUUUCGGGACACAAGGACGUUCAGGCCAUAGCCAUACCCAGUGAAUUGCAUGACCAGCUCCAGAUCAAUGGAUUGUCCAACUUGGAGAACAUCGAAGCUUUGCUGCAGAGUAGUUCGAUUUCGGGAGCGGACAACGAGAGUGCCGUGGAGGGCGCUGAGGGACCAGUAGUGUUGGGUAACAGCAUUGCAGUGGCCCAGCCCGAGGAUCAGCCUCUUGAGCAACCCGAAAAUGAUGAGGAUCAGCUGCUCGAUGGAACCCCAGUUGCCACUCCCGCUGUGGCUGCAGCUCCCGCCCUGCGUCGCUUGUCGGCCGAUGAACUAUUGCGUUCGGGUGUCCGCAAUUCGGCUAAACAGCAGCAGACCAGUGUUGAGGAGAUCCCCUUGCUCUUGUACUCCGCCACCGAUGGAGGAUCAAUUUCUCCAGCCGCUGUUGCCAGCGGUAGCCAGGGACGUCGCUAUGUGGCCGCCACACCAGCGCGUCGUCGCCAUCAGUCAUUCUACUAG